GGGUUAACAUGCAUCACUGUUGGUACAUGGCUGAAAUCACAUCACAAUGCUGAUUGAAUGGGUAGUCCACAAAUCAGAUCACAUUGUGGAUGAGUAUGUUUUUUGUUUGCUCCCAGUGAGUUUAUGUGAAGUUGUCCAUAUAAUGUGCAUCUUCAUUGUGCCAAAAGGAGUUCUUUUUUCUGUUUUCAUUGAGAUAUUCAAGUUCAGAUUUAUUUUGUAGUGAAAAUCAGAUGUGCAAUGGGGUAUAUCAAUUUCUUUUGUCUGAAAUAUUGUGGUUAUUGAUGAUGAAAUGGCUAAACCUGAUGGUGCCAAUCAGAAUAUUGUCAGAAGCUUUGAAGAGGCUGGAUGGAGAAGUACACAAAAUCGAAGUCAGAGCAAGUCGUUACAAAGAGAAAAGGAAAGAGACUCCCAGAGUCAUUAAAAUAGUAAAUACUGGGAUGGGAAACAAAACGGAAUGUACCGGAUUUUUAGCACGUACAACCAUCAAACCAGAGACCAAAGCAAGGCUCGACAAAACAGAAAGUAUCAUACCGUCCUUCCCUUCAAUCUAUUACGACCAGCACGGUUGUUCGUAUUUCCUUUUCGUUUUACAAGGCAAACUGCACUGACGUUACGGUCUUCUGAAUACUUUGGUCUUCAACGAGUGGAAGGAAACCCCGCCCCGAUUGAGAUCGUCUCGAAGCUUCUCCAACGAUACCCACUUCUCCAUCUUAGUUGCUGGUAUCUUAGGAUAUAUGAUUGUAGGAACCCUAAAACCUCUGCUCUCCGCCUCCCCUGCUCUUCGUCGACCAUGGCAAAACCUUUGGACGAGGAAACCGUGAAGAAAGUUAUUAGGCAGGUCGAGUUUUACUUCAGCGAUAGCAAUCUCCCCAGGGAUUCUUUUCUCAAGAAAACAGUUGAUGAAAGUGAAGAUGGAUUGGUGAGUUUGGCUUUGAUAUGUUCAUUUUCGAGGAUGAGAUCCCAUCUGGGAUUACAAGAAGCAAAACCGGAGGAUAUAACUGAUGACACUGUGAAAGCUGUGGCUGAUGCAUUAAAGAGCUCUACAUUUCUCAAGAUUUCUGAGGAUGGAAAGAAAAUUGGUAGAGCUACAGAAUUGCCGAAGCCCGAGGUUAUUGACCAAGUAGAUGGGAGGACUAUUGCUGCAUCUCCAUUGGAGUAUGACAUCAAGCUUGAGGAUGUAGAGUCAUUUUUUAGCCAAUAUGCAAAGGUUAACAGCGUAAGGCUACCUCGCCAUGUUGCUGACAAAAGUCUAUUUUGUGGCACUGCCCUCGUUGAAUUUUCAAGCGAGGAAGAUGCUCAAAGCAUUUUGAAGCAAAGUUUGGUUUAUGCAGGAGUGGAGUUAGAAUUAAAAACAAAGAAGGACUUUGAUGCAGUAAGAGCUCAGCUGGAGAAAGAAGUAGAGAAUAAUAAUCUUAACAAAGGUUCUUCUUGUAAAAACCAACCCAUUCCUGAAGAAAACUAUCCCAAGGGCCUGAUUGUUGCUUUUAAGCUGAAGAAGAUCUCCGAGGAGGGUAUUGCAGGAACACUAAAUGGUGAUCACACACCAGCUGCUGACAAUGUUGAUGUGGCUGCUACUGCAGUGGUACAAACCACAUCAGAGGAUGACAAGGAACUGACUGCAGAAAAGGAGUCAAAGAAUGAAGAAAAUCUCAAGAAUGAUGUUGAAGGAGAUGAUGAUAAGGAAAUGAAUGAAAAAAAAGAGUCAAACGAUGAAGAAAAGCAUGAUAAGGGUGUUGGAGAACAUCACAACACACCAGCGGUUAAUGAUUUAGGUGUUCAAUCCGAUGUUACAGAGGCACAAACUACAUGCGAGGACAAUGAGGUUGUCCAACGUGAAGACCUAAAGAGUGUGUUUCAGAAGUUUGGUACUGUAAAGUUUGUGGAUUUUGAGAAGGGAGCAGAUUCAGGAUAUAUACGCUUUGAUACAGCUGAGGAAGCUCAAAAGGCACGUGCUGCUGCUGUGCUUGCAUCCGAAGGUAUUUCGGUGAAGAACUGUAUUGCCACCUUAGAUCCUGUGACUGGUGAUGCCGAAAAGGAAUACUGGAUUAAGCUUCGUGAUGGUCAGCAAAGACGGAGAGGAGAUUACAAGGGAAACAGAGGAAGGGGAGGAGGCAGAUUCAGGGGCGGGAAGCACCCGCGUCACAGAGAUGGCAAUUCAGGUCGGCCGAACAAAGCUCAGAAGGUUGAAGCCUGACAUAUAUAUGUAUGUGUGUGUACGAUUCUGUCCUUUUUUCACACAUAAUAUAUACGUACAUUUUUUUUACUUGUAUUGUGACAUUUAUCAGUAUUAUUAUUGUUAUCAGGCAGUGGGUAUAGCCCUCAAAUUUUCCUAUUCUCGUUAAGAAUUCACAAUCUUUCUUUGCUUUCUCACUUUCAAUGGUAUUUUUGGGUGUGAAUUUAUGAAAUCUAUGCGUGUUAUCUAUCACUUUUAGUCUGAAUGGUAUUCAAGAAUGGAUAAAUUGUACAUCUAAAUGUGAAAGUAAAGAUAGUAAUAUGAA